AAUCAAGCAAUCAAUCAGCUUGGUGGGUGUCCUUAAGGUCAAGACGGUGCAGCAAGAAUACUAGCUCGGACAUCCGUAUUGCUAAUAGCAUCUGCGGAACAGCUGCGAUUCUACUGCAGCAAGUCGCCGAGCGUGCAGUUUGAUCGAGACCGGGACGGCGGAUGUUUACUCAAGAGACUGGAAGAAACGUAUCAGCCGUUCAAUAGGGUGAGCCCUACUACCGGAACCCGCUCAUAUCAACGAGAGCCAGUGAGAACGACACAGAGAGCCCACGUCGGAGUCCAUGGCAGCGUGCCCUAAGGACAAGGUGCGGUGCUCGCACAUUCUCGUCAAGCACCGCGACUCGCGGAAACCUUCCUCGUGGCGCGAGAAGAACAUCACCCGCACCAAAGACGAGGCACUCGCCCUCAUCAAGGGCUACCGGGAGGCGAUUGUGUCGGGCAAGGCCACCUUCGAGGACCUGGCCCGCGAGUUCAGCGACUGCAGCUCAGCCGAAAGGAAGGGCGACCUGGGCCCGUUCGGCCGGGGCGCAAUGCAGAAGCCCUUCGAGAACGCCGCCUUUGCGCUCAAGGUUGGCGAACUCUCCGAGCCAGUCUUCACUGACUCAGGCGUCCACCUCAUUCUUCGCACUGCCUAGGCAUAGCUCCCCUGUUCGUGACUGCGCUUUGUACAGGGAUCGUUCAUCGCCGCAAAUUACUAGAAGUGUACCAGGCAGGCCACUUGUACCACCAGCACAGGAGGGUUGGCCGGUGCACGUGUCCUGACAGUGCCGUGUCCUGCAGUACCGUGCACGUGUCCUGCAAACUGACAGUGCCGUGGUGGUCAGACAAGCACGCAGCCUGCUUCACGUGACUUCUCGAAGGCUGACUUGCAUCAUGUACAAGACUAAAUAAAAAAAAGAGGUCCGGAUUAUUUUAUUUGCGAACAAAA